AUGGGGAUCUUUAAGCGGAAAGACUCGAAGAAUUCCGAGAGGGACGAGAAUGAAUCAUUUGUGUCGGUUAACAGCGCUCGCACGUCAAAUACCUCCUUGAGGUCACCAGGAUACAAGGGCAGUGGCCCGCCAGCCUCCAUUCCAGAAUUGCCCAUUGCCAGACCUCCAGACCCAGCAUUGGACCCCGCCGCAUAUCUACGGAGCAUCCAUGCAGUCCGUGAACGUUCAACGAUCAUCCUGAACAAAGCCAAGAACAACGAACUGAACCAUUUCGACGUCGACCUGAGUAAAUUCGAAGCUACCGCGUCCUACGUCGUGUCCAUCAUCAAGAGAGAUUAUGCGCCAGACUAUGAGAGCAUUCCGCCGCAUGGACGCUGGCAGCAUUUCGACGUGGGGGGUAGACCGCGUGUGAAUCAGCUUCUUCAAUCAUGGCCCAGUCGGAUUGAUGCCCAAGAGCGCACGCGCCGUUUGAUUGACUUGUUUGUGGUGUCUGUGUUGUUGGAUGCUGGUGCUGGAAAUAAAUGGUCUUACCGAUCGAAAGAGUCCGGAAAAGUCUUUUCGCGCAGUGAAGGUCUGGCAGUUGCCAGUCUGGAGAUGUUCAAGUCUGGUCUUUUCAGUAGCGACCCGACGGAGCCUUGCCAAGUGGACGGUGCAGGAUUGAAGAAGAUUACGGUCGAGGUGCUUGCCAAGGGCAUGCAACAUUCUGAACAGAAUCCUCUGGCUGGGAUUGAAGGUCGCACGGGGCUGUUGGUUCGACUUUCAGAGGCACUGAACAACCAGGACUUUUUCGGCGUGGAUGCCAGACCAGGAAAUAUGCUGGAUUACCUGCUUGGCCACCCGUCAACUCUCGCUUCUUCCGUGCCCAUUGUACCAAUCACAACUCUUUGGUCUGUCUUAAUGGACGGAUUCGCUCCUAUCUGGCCACCUUCACGAACACAAAUUGACGGCGUACCCAUCGGAGAUGCCUGGAAAUGCUCCGAUCUCCCCAACUCUCCCCCGGCACAGCAGUGGGAGAGUAUCGUCCCAUUCCACAAGCUCACGCAGUGGCUAUGCUACUCGAUUAUGGUCCCCAUGUCUAAAUUGAUGCACAUUCAUUUCGCCGGCAGCGAUCUUCUCACGGGUCUUCCCGAAUACCGAAACGGAGGUCUACUUGUCGACCUAGGCCUCUUGAGCCUGAAGCCCGACGAUAUGCAGCGUGGAAUCAAUGCAUAUAAAGAGAACGCCCAGAUUAAGGGCCAACCGAAUGUGGAAGUUGCACCGCUCUUCUCCGCCGACGACGACGUGAUCGUUGAAUGGCGAGCCGUUACUGUCGGCUUCCUCGACGACCUCCUGGAUGAGGUUAACUCCCAACUAGGUCUCAGGGGGGAGGAGCAAUUAUCACUAGCACAAAUGCUUGAGGCUGGCACUUGGAAGGGAGGUCGCGAGAUUGCAGAAGUUUCGAGACCUAACACCAAGGAGCCUCCUAUCAUGAUACGAUCUGACGGCACUGUCUUCUAA